AUGAAGUACCUAUCUCUCCCAGCGUUCGACAAAGUGACGAGCGCCCUCAACUUUGAUACACCCGAUUGUCACAUACAAGGCAGCUGUGAUCUUUACACGACCAAGGCCGCCGGUUCGGACAAGAAGCUCUACAAGAAUAUCUCCCAAUCCCUCGAGUCACAACAUGCCGCCCUUCUCAAGUUCGACGCAAGCCUUUCCCCACCUCGGCGCAGUUCAAUGGCAGCGAGUCUUAACCUGGAGCGCUCCUCGCCCUUUGGCUCCCUAAACGAGGUGUCGAACCGGCGCACCUUCGCCUACCUUAUCGCGACCCUCAACGCAUCGCACACUGAUUAUGACUUCUCCAAGGUUCUCCGCCCGGGCGAUUUCAAGCGCGAGAAUGUCCUCCGCUCCGUCAUGACCCACAUUGACAACACACUCCGCAGCGUGCGACCAAACACCAACUUCCUCGACCCAAUGGCCGCUUACGACUCCCUGUCCUCCAAGGUGUCCGAGUUUGACACGGGCGUCUCACCAUCCCCACCUUGGGGCCCUGAGAUGUGGUCGUUGAUCGACCAGGAGAUGGAUCUGAAGGAGUGCAGCAUCUUCUCAUACCAACCCGCCAAUGACCCCUUUGAGGACGAUGAGGGUGCCAUCUGGGCCUUCCACUACUUCUUCUUCAACAAGGCCUUGAAGAGAGUCUGCUACAUCCACGUUAGAGGCGUGCCUGUCAUGAGCCAGAGCCCCAGUGUCAGACCGCAUGCCCUCCUGUCGCGGGGAAGCACCCAGUCGUGGGCCCACAAUCAGGAUGAUGACACUGUCGGCGCGAACAAGCGAGCCAUCUUCUGGCUAGGCGAUAGAGUCGCCGAGCGGAUCGAAAUCAGUGACGAUGACAUGGAUGACGGUUUAAUAUGGAACCGCGAUGCCGACGGCGACGUCUCAUACCACUACGACGACGACGACGACUACGAUUACGAUGACGACCUCGACCUGGCUGCCGACGACAGCCACUUCGGGCGGGGUGUGAGCGAGGACAUCGCUUCAAGGAUGGAGAUUGACGUCUAA